AUGUCCUGCCCCGAUGGCUUCCAGCUGGAAACCCACUCGGAAGAGGGGAAGGGAGUGGGCACGAUGCGGGAUGGUCCUGCCCUCGUGGGUGUGUGCAAGCAGGAACUGGACGUGAGCCGUUUGGAUCGGUACACAGAGUAUCAUCCCCUCGACUUGCCGGGACAAGGGCGAACGCAGGAAGCCACUCCGGGCGCCUGUCAGCAGCGCUGCGCCAGCGUGGCCGGCUGCGCACACUUCUCCUUCUAUCGAGAUGCACUGGCGGAGAUUCGCGCGGAGGAGGAUGCUUUCUCCGGACCCCCUGCUUGUGCUUCCAGCACUUCAACGGCCGCGCCAGAGCCAACUUGGCUGAUUGACAGGAGCUCCCUGCCCCUCAGGGUUCAGGGAUCCCAUGUCCUGUCCGCGGAUGGGCGGCGUCAGGUCCUCGCCUGCGUAAAUUGGUAUGGGGCCCACAUGGAGAUGCUCGUGAUGAAUGGGCUCAAUGUGAGACCACUCGCUGAGAUCGCUGCGGAGAUCGUGAACUUGCAGUUCAACUGCGUGCGCUUGCCUUACAGCCUGGAUUCCCUGAAUCUCAGCGCUGCCUCAGUACCGGAUCCUGCAGGUCAACUUUGCCACAAUCCCGAGCUCCGGGCGUCCAGCCCACUGCAGAUCUUUGACUCAACUGUGGAAGCGCUGACCGAGGCCGGCUUGCUCGUGGUGCUCAACAACCACGUGUCAAAGCGCGGCUGGUGCUGCUCGGGGAGUGAUGGCGAGGGCCUGUGGUACACAGAGGACUUUCCGGAGCCGGCCUGGCUCCAGCAUCUGGGGUUCCUAGCAGCUCGCUACAGGGACAAUCCCCGAGUCGUUGGCUUCGACAUCCGGAAUGAAGUCCGAUCCACCGAGUCAGCCACCGUCACUUGGGGUUCGGGCAGCACAGAUUGGGCCUUGGCGGCCUCCAAAGGGAGCAGGCAGGUCCUGGAUUCGAACCCAGACAUGCUUCUGUUCAUCUCCGGCUUGGAGUACAGCAUGUUCCUUUGUGACGUCCCGCAGCGCCCUCUGCACAUGGAGCCAGGAUUGGAGGGUCACAUCGUCUACACCACCCAUGAGUAUGACUGGUACAAGAAUUCUGUUCAGAGCAUGUACGAAUUUGGCCAAGCUCUGUGCGGCCUGUCUGUCAUUUACGUUGGUUUGCUGCUGAUCCUCUCACUGGCCUUACUGGCCAUUUCGCACGCGUGUCCGGUGAUGACUCUGCCGCGAAGACGCCUACGUUGUUGGCCCAGACUGCGUGGGCUCUAUGUCGAGGUGGCUUUGGCUGUGCUCUCGAUGGCUGCAUUCCUCCUCAGCCUGCUGGUGAUUGGACGUGCUGUCAUCGAUCCCUGUCAGCCUGGUGAAAUUCAUGUGGUCUCCUUCCCGCUGUUGGUCAUCAGCCCGCUUUGGCUGCUGGGGCUCGUGUUCUCUGCACGCCUGUCAUGCGUGCUCCUGCGGACAUACAGGCCAGUCGUAACACCUGACAACGAUGAAGAGAAGCCGAUUCCGGUCGCUCCGGAGCGGGUUGGAGAGGAUGGCAUUGAGAUGCCCGAGCUGAAUUAUGUGGAAGGUGAUGCGCCCCAAAACCUGAACAUCAUCGCAGCACAAGGCAAGGAGCCUCCCCGAGCUGUGCUGGAACGCAAGGGAGCAGCUGUGGCCGUUCUGGCCAUGCUUCUUCUGAUCUCUGCCAAUGCGGCUGCGCGGCUCUACCUGGAUUCCUAUGAGGCAUGGCGGCAGUCCAUUGACGAUCGCUGGGGUUUCCUCCUGCGAGAGCGGGAAGAAGGUGCAGGAGUGGCCGCCAUAUGGCUUGGAGAGUUUGGUACCGCUCACGACACCGAGUGGUGGAACCACAUGCUGCGCUACCUCGACUCACGUCCCGUGGCUGGCUGGGCCUACUGGCCCCUGAAUGGUGAAAAGCGUCCUGGCGAGCUCGAAACCUAUGCCAUACUGCAGGACGACAUGCGCACAGUCAGGCACCCUUGGAAACUUGCAGACCUGCAGAACCUACUGGCACUAAGAACUAGCAGCUAA